GUGGCACUAUAUUAUUUUGAUUUAGCGAGCGGUCUAUCCCAAGUUAUCUUAAUGAUACGUUGCUAAAUAAUAAUCUAAAUGGAAUAUUGUAGUAGGAAAAUGAUUUUAAUUUUGUCAUGUUUAGUUAUUUUUUCAAUUUUUAAUGUUCGUGCCGAUCUUGAAAUAUCAAAUGUUGACCGUUCUAUUGAUCUAAGUAGUCAACUGGCCAAAGUGAAUUCUCAAAUUACGCUUCAGAAUAAAGGAAACAAAGCAGUUACCUCCUUUCUUAUUUCUAUAGAAGAGGACCAAUUUCCUUUACUUUCUUACUUAGAAGUUACACAUAAGGAAGAUGAUGAAAGUGUUAAACUUGAGACUACUCCAUCCAGUGUUGCAGGCCAAAGUGCAAAAUUAUUUAGUGUAAAUCUUCCAAGUAGUUUGGGAGUUGGUAAAAGUAUUGUUCUUAAUAUUGAGUCUGUAUUUACUCAUGCUUUGAGACCAUUCCCAGCGAAAAUUGGCCAAUCAGAAAAGCAGUUAGUCAUAUACAAAGCCAACACCUAUUUCUCUUCGCCAUACAAAGUAGUUUACCAAAAAACGACAGUUAAGCUUUCUUCAUCCACAAUUGAAAGCUAUUCCAAAUUAAAGCCUUCUAACUCAGCUGAUAACACUAUCACUUAUGGCCCAUACAAUGAUAUUAACCCAUACAGCUUUCACGAAAUGAAAAUUCACUUUGAGAAUAAUUCUCCAUUUCUUACUGUUAAAGAUAUGACACGUUGGAUUGAGGUUUCACAUUGGGGUAAUGUAGCUAUUGAAGAAACCUAUCAUCUUUUACACGAGGGAGCAGAGCUUAAGGGUCAUUUUUCACGCUAUGACUACCAAAGAACCCCAUCUCAUGCAGCUGUGAAAUCUAUUAAAUCUGUUCUUCCUGCUGCUGCCAAAGAUGUUUAUUAUCGUGAUGAAAUAGGCAAUAUUUCUACCAGUAAUCUUUUGAACACACAUGACUCUGUUGAACUCGAAUUGAGACCAAGAUUUCCAUUGUUUGGAGGUUGGCAAACACAAUACCUUAUUGGCUACAAUGUUGCUGUUUAUGAAUAUCUCUUCAGAAAGGGUUCAAACUAUGUCCUUAAAAUGAGAUUUAUUGAUCAUGUUUUUGAUGAUUUUGUCAUUGAUAAAGUCACUGUCAAGGUUGUUCUUCCUGAAGGAGCGACAAACAUUAAAGUCAAGUUUCCUUUUGAAAUCAAACAAGAGAAGCAAGAACUUCAUAAAACAUAUUUAGAUACUUGUGGAAGACCUGUUUUUGUAAUGAGUAAGAAAAAUUUGGUAGAAAACCAUAUUCAAGAUUUUGAGCUUCAUUACACAUUUCAAAGUCAUUUGUUACUACAAGAGCCAAUUCUUUGUGUAGCUGCUUUCUAUAUUCUGUUUAUCAGUGUAAUAUGCAUUAUGCGAUUAGAUUUCUCCAUCACAAAGGAUGCUGUUAAUGAAUCACGUAUGAAAGUUGCAAGCCUUGUUGAAUCUUUAUUGGCUGCCUGUGAUCGUAGAACAGGACUGAACUCUUCCUUCGAUUCAGCAUUAGAUAAUUUCAAGCAAAGUAAAGAUCAAGUUAGUUUUACUUCGGCGUUAAAAAAAGUUAAUCACGAUUAUAAUACUUUGUGUGCUACUAUUAACAAUCUUAUUGCCUCUCUGUUAAAAGAAGAACCAGAAUAUUCUGAUAAGCUCUCAGAUAUAACGAAGAAAGAGGCUGAGCGCAAAGCUUUGAUUGAUCAGCAAGUGGCUUUAGCAACUAAAGCUGUUAGUGGAAAGCUUAGUAAACAACAGUACACUGAUAGUGAACAAAUUGCUCUAUCUAAGCGAGAGAAAAUCACUGAAGAAAUAGAAGCCACAUUGGCUGCGCUUUCUUAAUUGAUCAAAUAGAUUUGUUUAAGCUUUUAAUUAUAUUGGUUUGUUAGGUUUUUUAGAGAUUAUCAAAUGAAAGUUUUAAUUUAUUUCUAAAUUUUGAGUUAUGUUGCAGCCGUUCAUUUUUGUCUUAAGUGAUCUUAGACUUGUUUGUUGUAUUUUACGCCCAUUUUAAAAGCAACGUGGAAUUAUAAUAUGUGGUUUUUGCGAUUUAAAUCAUUGAAGUAAGAAAUAUCUUGUAUUCUUUUCUAACUUUUAUAUGCCAAUUUAAUAGAAAAGGUGAAUCUAUACACUAAAA